GCACGAUGUCGGAGGUGCUGCCCCGCGGCGAGGAGCUGCAGCGGGGCCCCUACGGCGCCGGGGGGGAAGCGGCCGAGGGGGCGCAGCUCGCCUUCACCUGCCGCCUGCAGGACACCAGUAACUUCGGCGGGGGGGGCGCCGGCAAGCGCGCCCCCAAGCUGGCCCAGAUCGGCCGGAGCAAGUGCGUUGUCAUCGAGGAUGACCAAAUUGACGAUGUACUGAAAGGCAUUUCAGAAAAGCCACCUCCAGGGGUCUAAAAGAAAAAAAUCUCCCCCAGAGACACUGAGUUAAAAAGGGGGGGAGGCACAAAAAUAAUUUACCUUUCAGCACAGGAACUGGCAAAAUCAUUCAUUUAAAAAAGAGAAGAAAGGAAGAACAUUUUGGGGAAAAGGCACAAAGUAAGGGCAGUUUUGAAGUUCUUCAUGCCACGCUGGGAUGCAACCCAGACACCUGUAGAAUUGCCUCUUAAGGAGAAGGCCUUGAAGCUGAAGUUUUUUAUUCCUGCACCCUCCAGAAAGUGCAAUUUUCAAACUGGACUGCUAAAAAAUCCUCUGAAAACAGAAAUAAUUGGGGCGGGGCAGGGCAGGGAGGGACUCAAUGCUUCUAACCUUUUUCAGAUAAGCACAUGAAUGUUUACAUGAUUAAACCUAGCAAAAAAUAUUCCAUGAGCUUGCACGUAACAUGGUCUGCAUUUUCUAUUUAAAAAAUACCUGUAUGCUUGGAUUUUGGGAAGGAUGGUUUGUAAUUACAUACACACACACACACACACACACACAGAGUAUUUGAUUCCAGUUACCUUUUGAAGUCUCAGUGAAUGUAAGGAACUUUUUCAACGGAAAGAUUGAAUGAGGAUAUUCUUAUGGUUAUCCUUAUUUCCCCAAAACUGGAUUGUAAUGCUGGUAUUUAACUUUUGCAGCAAUGCUCAGUCACUCAGGGGCAAACAGAGAAAUGUAAUUUUAUAAGGGAAACAGGAAGAAACGUUUUUUAAAAGUACAUGCAAUGCUUGCUUGCUUUUUUUUUUUUGAAUGUUCCUUAGCGAGCAACAGCCCUGUAAUGGACCAAUUUCCACUUUUUAAAAAUAUUGUAAAGUUGAUUCUCUUUGUUACUGUGUAAUUAAAUAAACAGAUAAACAGUACACAGAUACUGAACAUGUGAUCUUGUAGGAAGAGUGCCAAAUACUUUGAAAAAAUGCAAAAAGCAUUUUCACUUUUUCUGUUUCCUCUGUAGUGAUUUUGAGUCUAUGCGAAGUUGCUCUUUUGUACCUAAGUACAGGUAGUUCUUGCUUAACAACCAUUCAUUUAGUGGCAGUUUGGACUUAUAA